AUGAGUCCCAGCAUCACCGCUGAGGCCAGCCAGCCUCUCCCUGCCAGGUCCACCGUGGCCCAAAGAAAACAAGCCAACGAGCUAAGAAAGACCCUGAAACCCUUGUUGGAGAAGAAAAGACGUGCUCGUAUUAAUGACAGUCUCAGUCAUCUGAAGAGUCUGAUUUUGCCUCUUGUUGGCAAAGACAACGCGCGCUACUCCAAGCUGGAGAAAGCUGAUAUUCUGGAAAUGACCGUACGGUUCCUCAGAGACCUGCCUUCCACUCCAGCCAAAGACUCCGCGGACAGCUACAGAGAAGGCUACAAAGCCUGCCUCCAACGCGUCUCCGCUCUGCUUCCCAAAACAAGCAUGGAUCAAGACACGUGCCAGCGGAUGAACAACUUCGUCCAGCAGUCCAUGUCCGCAAACGUCACCCCAGCCUGCCUGAACUGCUGCGCUCACAGCUCCAGGACCUUCCCUCAGUUCCAACAGAGACUCCUGAGCUUCAAAUCCAGCUUCAGCUCCAGACUGGAAAGCCAUUCCCGAAGCAGCGAAGGCGCAAUGGCUCCAGGCGGAGCGCAGCCGGACCCGCAGCCAGUCGGCGCUGCUAUGUGGAGACCUUGGUAGAUUAGAGUG